ACUAAAAGGGCAAAAGAAAAACUAAAAGGGGAAGGGCUAGAGUUCUGCUAACCGAACCCCAGCGCCUCCUCCUUCGGCAAAAUAAUUAUCUUCCCCCAUUCUUCCAUUAAGAAGCCUCUCGCUUUCACUAGCCAGAAAUUGUCAAUGGCAAACUUGGAUCUACGGCGCAGAGGCAAGGUUGAUGAUAUCUACGGUGGUAAACAAGGAAGAUGUUUAGGGUUCUUAUUUUAGGGUUUGUAUAAAUAAGGGGGUUUUGGAUUUUUUUUUUAAAGAUUUUCUCUUCAGAUCUAGUUUUUUCUGUCUUUCUGUUUGUGGGUAAGAGCAGAGAAGAAGAAGAAGAACUACAACCAUUCUAGGUACGGAUUUACUUUUCUUUUUCAGAAAUUUCCAUGUAAUUUGGCAGAUUUAUUGAAAUGUCUGGUACUUGUUUGAUAAGAAGGUUGUAAAGGAAACAAAUAGUAAAAUUAUUAGAUUGGUUACUAAGGUUUUAGUUUGUUUUGUGGUGAGUCUAAUGUUUUGGCUUGUGAAGACACUAUUGGUGAAGGUGCUUGCAUCUUCUUUUCAUAAGAGCACAUACUUUGAUAGAAUCCUAGAUUCUUUGUUUAAUCAAUAUGUGAUUGAGGCACUUUCAGGACCACCUAAAAACCAAAAAAUAAAGGAAGAAGGGAGGGGAAUUGCAGGGAGUGGAAAAAUAAGGAAAAGUUCACAAGACAAAACCAAUACCCUUUUAUGCUUGGCUUCUAAGAAGGAAGAUAAAAUAAGUUGGGGCAUAAGCAUUGAUGAGCUUCACCAAAUGAAUCCCAAGAAUAUUUCUGCUUGGAAUAUGAAGAGGCUGAUGAAUAUGAUUCAGCAUGGUCCACUUUCUACCUUGGACAAGCAGAUAAAAGAUAGCAAGUCCACUGAAAUUGAGGCGAAAAAUGCAGCAAAAAAGAUAUUUGAAAAUGUUGCUAAGCCUGGAUUUGGGCACAUUGACUUGGAGGACAUUGAGAGAUUCAUGGGAGAAGAUGAGGCCCUGAAGACUACGAGUCUCUUUGAAAAAGGAUCUGAAAGCAAGAAAAUUAGCAAAUCAACAGUGAAGAAUUGGGUGGUUAAUGCUUUUAGAGAACGAAGGGCUCUUUCCUUGACACUGAAUGAUACCAAGACAGCUGUUCAAAGAUUUCAUUGGGUGGUAAAUGUCUUGGUCAUUAUCAUCAUAGCAGUCAUAAGUCUCCAUGUACUAGGAAUAACAAUUGGGAAGGUCGUUCUCGUGGUUAGCACUCAAGUUCUUUUGCUUGCUUUCAUAUCUGGGGACACUUUGAAGGCAAUAUUUCAAUCAAUUAUCUUCAUAUUUAUAACACAUCCAUUUGAUGUUGGUGACCGCUGUCAAAUUGAUCGCAUUCAGAACACCCUCCGUCAGCCUUCAGCCAUGUUUCUGAACCUAGCGAUACGUGAAGGCGCCCUGUUCGAAGACGCCAUGGCGGAGCUUCUAGGAUGUGGAAUCGACAUGGGCACCCUGCGAUUCUCGCCGGAAGGAAUGUCACUCACGGUGGAAUCUGAUGGUGGCAGCGUCGUCGCUGCACUGCGUAUCCUCGCCAACGGCGGUGGUUGCGAGUGGUUCCUCUGUUUGGAAUCUGCCUCUGCAACACUGAAUAUCACUACCCUUCUUGAGAUUCUUUUCGAAGCAAGUAAUGGAAAGAGUGCCUUAUCCAUUUCGAUCGACCCCCGUAAUGGAAACAAUUCCGACGAACCCAACACCAGCGAGUUUAAGGACGUUUCGUCUCCCGCCACUCUAGCCGUCAGCUGGUUCGAUCCUGAUGAAAUAGCCUGCCCUCUCGACGAUUACUGCGAGAUGCAACUUGAAGUGAGGAAAGUAGCCGGAGAAAAUGCGCUUCUGAAAUUGGAUGAAUCAGAGUAUCAGACGUCGGCCGGAAUUUCACCGGCUGGGUUUGCCACACUGUUCUUGAAGCUGAAAGAUGUCAGGACGGGGGAUAACCGUACAAAUGAUGAAAUAAAGGUGAUGGCCCUCAUAUCCAACACGAAGAAGUUGGGCUUCUAUACAUGCUGCAUGGGUUGGGAGGGAGGGAUUGAGGUUCAAUGGGAGGGUCAGGGAGAUGAAGUGAUAAGCAUGGGGAUAUACAAUUUUGUUUUCUUGUGCAAACGCACAUUUGCAGCAAAGGCAGUUAUGGCACAGAGGAUGUAUUUUCACAUACAGGAUGGAGUGGGAAACCUGCUGAGAUGUCCUCUUGGGUCUGGAGAACUGGGACACCUCUAUUUCUACUCUCUUCAUAGCCGUCUGCGCCUUCCUUUGGUUAAUGAGGCUACUUUUGAAUUUGUGAAUACCCUCUAAGGACGAAACUGUAAGGAAGAAAAAGUUGAAAAGCAUUAAUUCUUUGUUUGAUAUAUUGAUUCCUAUACUCAGUACAUAGUAAUAGUUGACAGAGAAUACGGAUUCUGUUUUGAUAUUGUUGUGAUUGAGAAUAAGCAUUCGAAUUUUCUUGUAUAUGUGAUGUUGGCUUGAGUUCAUGAACAUGAUGAUGCUAAUGAGAAUGAUUU